AUAUCCCAGAGUUCCGCUCGGCGCCAGCCCUUCCGCCAGGGCCGCCAGGGGAGAGCAGUAGCCAUGGCUCUACGCUACCCUAUGGCCGUGGGCCUCAACAAGGGCCACAAGGUGACCAAGAACGUGAGCAAGCCCAGGCACAGCCGCCGCCGCGGGCGUCUGACGAAACACACCAAGUUCGUGCGGGACAUGAUUCGGGAGGUGUGUGGCUUUGCCCCGUACGAGCGGCGUGCUAUGGAGUUACUGAAGGUCUCCAAGGACAAACGGGCCCUCAAGUUUAUCAAGAAAAGGGUGGGGACGCACAUCCGCGCCAAGAGGAAGCGGGAGGAGCUGAGCAACGUAUUGGCCGCUAUGAGGAAAGCUGCUGCCAAGAAAGACUGAGCCCCUCCCCCGGCUUCUCCGUGAAAUAAAGAAGAGCUUGACCGAAGCCCUGGCUCUGCUGCUGUCCGUGGGUGGGGGGGUUGUCCGCCGUCCCCUCUGGUGCCCGCCCUGAGCCACGCCCUCUGUGGGUGCUGCCUGGCCGCGAAUCAAAAGCCCUGGCCCACCCACCCUUCCUGGGGCAAAGGAGGCUGCCGCCGUACUGGAAAUGACUUUAAUCAUUAAAUAGAUAGUUUCUGUGCCA